GAUCGCGAGUAUUUUAUUUAGAAAUAAACAAGUGGAAUAUAAUGGUGUGAUUUUAAAUUUAAAAAAUAGAAUUGAAGUUUAAAUUAUGAAUAAUACGUGAAAUAAGUGAAUUUAAAAAUUAUUUUUUGGAUCAAGUAAUAUAGUCUGUGCUAUUGUUAAGUGUUAUAAAAUAAUUUAAAAUGAAGCUUAAUAUUUCACCAUCGUUAAUUAGGCAGUAUGCUGUGGUUGUAAUAGUGAAUUUGGCGGUUUUGACAACUGGUAUGAGUCUCUCCUGGCCGUCACCGGUUCUUGUGAAGUUAAGGAAUGUCACGGAGACACCAUUACCGGCACCUAUCACAGCAGAAGAGGGCUCCUGGGUUGUUGCUGGUGGCUAUUUAUGCGCCAUGAUUACGAAUAUCUUCGGAGGAAUGCUGCUAGAUCUUAUUGGUAGAAAGUACUGCCUCUUGCUGUCAUCGCUGUCCAAGCUCUGUAUGGCCCUUCUUCUGAUAUUUGCUGAUAAACUGUGGAUGUUCAUAUUCAGCAGAGCUGUGAUGGCCGUCAUAGAUUCAUUUGUGUUUAUUAUUGUUCCUGUUUACGCAUCAGAGAUUGCAUCUAAAGACCACCGCGGCGCUUUGGGCACGUUUCUUCAAGUAUUCUCGUCAUUAGGAAUCGUGAUAACUUUGUCAGUUGGACCUUUCCUGUCCUACAUAAACUUCAGCAUAGUGAUGGCGUCAGUGAUAGCUGUGACGACGAUGCCUUUGCUCUUCUUACCUGAUACACCCUUUUAUCUGUAUUCUAAAGGUCGCACAGAAGAAGCGAUUAAAGUUCUAACUCAAUUAAGAGGAACAGAAUUACUCGCAAACCAAGAAAUAGAAGAAUAUGAGAUAUCUAAGAAAAAUGAAAACAAAGUUGAUAAGAUUGCUUUAUUAAAAAAUCGGAUGUUCUUAAAAUCUAUUUCUCUAGGAUUUUUGUUAGUUGGUGGAGCACAGCUGGUAGGGUUCAAUGCUGUGUCAUUUUAUCUGCAAACGGUUUUAGAAUCUACGAAAACUAGCGUAAAGCCUGAAAUCGCGUCUGUUAUUAUUGGUGUGAUUCAAGUGUUGGCGAGUUUCUGCACAACGUUAAUUAUGAGUAAAUUCGGUAGGAGGAGUAUCUUAAUGACGUCUCUCUCUGGAAUGUUCCUUGGCAUGGUAGGACUUGGAACCUUCUUCAAAAUAAGUGGAACCGAGGGCUAUGUGAUAACCGGCUUUAUGAACUAUUUACCUAUUAUAUCUCUGAUAAUUGUUAUAUUCUGCUUCUGCGCAGGAAUCGGUUCGCUGUUGUGGCUGGUAAUAGCAGAAAUUUUCGAGGGUCCGAGUCGGGCUUUGGGUGUCUCCAUCAGUAUAACAUCAUCAUCAUUAUUCAUAUUUAUAACAACCAAGUAUUUUGCACAAAUGACAUUAGCCGUUGGACCAGCACCAACGUAUUGGUUCUUUAGUGCUAUGUGUGUGUUAGUGGGAGUGCUAAUAGCUAUUUUCUUACCUGAAACUAAAGGCAAGACGUUUAGUGAAAUUCAAGAGGCUUUAGGGGGGAAGACGGAGAAAACAAAAAUAACAGAUAAUAGUGUAAAGGAACGAAUAUGAUUUUUUUAAGUAAGC